AUGACGAGACCUACUGCUCCAUGCCUAACUGCUGAUUAUUACACAUAUUCCACUUACACUCAAAGAGACGAUUAUUAUGGUGGAUACGAACCAAAAAAUGACAAUUCACAAGAUUAUAAUCGGACAUCUGCGCCUAUGCGAAGAGAGCCAACAAAGACAGUCUCCCAUAAUCAACGAGGAAAAGGAAAGGACUCAUCUUCGGCACACUGCAUUUCAUUCAUUUACUGCGCUCUUGCCAUCAUAGUCAUUGCAUUCAAUGUUGUUAUGUACUACAACGGAGUCAGGAAUUCGUUUGUAAUCUAUCUGUCUGGGGCAAUGGCGAUAAUUGUCUUUACAUGCAUUCUGAUGCACAUUGGAAUUGGUGCUCAACAACCGUUUCUUUGCAUACCAUUUGUGGUUUUGAGAACCCUCGAGACAUUCGUCAGCGCCCUGAUGCUGGCUGCAUUCACUUAUGCUAUUGUGAAACCAGAGAGCGAUUUGUUCAUGCUGUUUCUCCAAUGCACUAGAAUGGCAGCUCAACUUGUUUCGGCCCAUUUCAAGUUUGAUCUUGUUGACACCACGUUCCAAGUGUGUAUUAUUGGUUGGUGCAUAUCACUCGUUCUUUUAUCGGUGUCUGUCUACGUUUGUCGUGUGGCAUUCCACUGCACAAUGUCCAUUGCUGAUCAAGUUCGAUACAAUCGUUAUCAGAAGCACACUGGCACUUCGCAAACACGUUUCGCUGGCGACGAGUAUCCGUGUAUUUGA